GUUUCGUUUGUUUCCAUCGGGGUCGUCAUGAACCGAGUUUCCCACCAGCCGUGAAGGAUGCAAGCUUGAUGAAUCUGGUGAUAGACCCCUGCACGUACCUCUUACUCUUUAGCCCAAAUGGUGGUUUGAUUGUGCACCGGACACUGGCAUCACACACCCGCUAAAGCUGAAUCCGCAUUGUCGACGAGUUUGCUUAGAUUACCGGCCAUUGUUAGACAGCAGGAUGCUCGUGGAGCAGUACACUCGAAAUCUCAAACUCAAGAAAAGGUGAGUUGACAUUUUUCGAACGCGUUCGUUUCUCUUCUUACGCCCAGUUCACAAGAUCAAAUUUUCGUCAAAUUUCGUUUUGAACGCAUCAUUUUGUGUUGCAUCAUAUAGUGCGUUCAAAAAAAGAAAUUUGAUCGUGUGAACUGAGCAUUAGUCCUACGGUUGAUAGGUCUGAGUCUGUGGAUUGUAUACAAAUGUCCUGUGUCCGGAAAAAAAAUGGAACCCUUUUGAUGAUCACGAAAAAAUUAGUGUAAAUAUUGAUCCAUUUUAACCAUCCAACUAAUUUUAGUCUUGACCUACUUAUUGAAGCCUACCUAACAUAAAUUGAUAAAUCCUUCGUAAAAUAUUUUACGUGGUGUUAAUGUUAAAAUAAAUGUUUUGGAAUUUUAAAAAAGAAAAAUUGCUAAAUAUUUAUUCAUUACUUUGAAUCAUUCCCAUUAUAUGAAUUUAAUUUAAGACGAUUCCCUUUUUUUCCGGACACAGUUCAGUGUAUAUAGUAUAUACAUUAUGGGGCUUGGGUAAUUUAAUAAUUUAAAUAAGUUAUAAUUAAACAAUAACUGUUACCCCAUUAUUGUGAAACAAAUAUUUACCCAUAAGUUAGACUAUAUUACUAUCUCCUGAAAGAUGUAGUAUGUAUUAUUUCCCAAUGUUAAAAAAAGUUUAAAAAAAAAAAUCUGAAAUCUGAUUUCCAGGAAAACGAAGCCUCUGCCAAGGGUCAAGGAUGAACCCGUUCCCAUGGUUACCGUGACCGUGGUGGGUGAGCCAGGCGUUGGGAAGAGCUCCAUUGUCAGGAGGUUCAGGAAUGCUGGGUUCAGACAGGAAUAUCUCCAGACCCUGGGAGGUAAUACUUCCAAUGAGCUUCAUCCCUGGCCAUUAAACUCUUGUAUGUAGUACUCUCAAUUAAACUCUUGUAUGUAGUACUCUCAAUUAAACUCUUGUAUGUAGUACUCUCAAUUAAACUCUUGUAUAUGUAGUACUCUCAAUUAAAAUCUUGUAUGUAGUACUCUCAAGUAAACUCUUGUAUGUAGUACUCUCAAUUAAACUCUUGUAUAUGUAGUACUCUCAAUUAAAAUCUUGUAUGUAGUACUCUCAAUUAAACUCUUGUAUGUAGUACUCUCAAUUAAACUCUUGUAUGUAGUACUCUCAAUUAAACUCUUGUAUGUAGUACUCUCAAAUUAAACUCUUGUAUGUAGUACUCUCAAUUAAACUCUUGUAUAUGUAGUACUCUCAAUUAAACUCUUGUAUGUAGUACUCUCAAGUAAACUCUUGUAUAUAGUAUAGUACUCUCAAUUAAACUCUUGUAUGUAGUACUCUCAAUUAAAAUCUUUUUGUAGUACUCUCAAACUCUUGCAUUUAGCAGUAAUACUCUCAAUUAAACUUUUGCAUGUAGCACUCUCAAUUAGGCUCUUGAAUGUAGCACUCUGUUAAGCUCUGUAUGUAUGUAGUGCUCACUCUUAAGCUCUGUUAUGUAAGACUCAAACACGUAUUGGGUUUUUCAUGCUGACUUCUUGGAUCUAGUACUCACUGGUCAUAAUGAUGAUGAUUUAAGACUUUUAAAUUAUUUCAAAUUACUGUAAGCCUUACUAAGGCCCAACACUUUUAGAGUAAAAAAUUAUUAGUCAGGCUUUUGGUUUUCCACAAGGUUUGGAAUGAGUUGACCCCAUGCCAAAUUCACUAUUCACCGCCAAAGUCACCCAAGCUUUUUAGUAAAGCAAGCCGUCUUGUGAUGUGAAGCAUUUCAUUAACAUUAAAACAAAUUUGUGCCAAUAUGUGCACCACUCUGCUACUUUGUGCAUCCCCCUACGGCGGUGCAUUGAUCCACUAAGCACAUCACUGUAUGCACCUCUUUCUAGUAAUUUGCUAAUUUACGUGGCCAUAAACUUGAUUGGUGUAUUAUUUUUUUCAGUUGAAAGGUCUCAAGCUGUUGUGGAGAGACCCAGCAGUUGUAAAAAGAAGUCCAAGACAACGGUGUUGAGGUUCCUUGACACCAAUGAAGUGUUCCUUGACCCCAGCAUGGCCACCACUAUCCAGGACCAGGUGGAUGCCAUCCACGCCAGCUUAUCCAACUAUGUACUGAUCGUCUACGAUGUCACUAACCACGUAAGUUUGUAAGAGUUAUUCCAUCUUUGGUUGAACUGGCAAAAUAGUGAUAACAGCAAUAGCAAUUGGUAUUGGGAUUGCAUUGGGAUUGUAUUUGGAUUGCAUUGGGAUUGUAUUGGGAUUGUAUUGGGAUUGCAUUGGGAUUGCAUUGGGAUCGCAUUGGGAUUGUAUUGGGAUUGCAUUGGGAUUGCAUUGGGAUUGCAUUGGGAUUGUAUCGGGAUUGUAUUGGGAUUGUAUUGGGAUUGUAUUGGGAUUGUAUUAGGAUUGUAUUGGGAUUUCAGUCUGCUUCCACUGAUACAUUUAGCGACACCCAAAAACUACAACUGGACACUGACAGCGACCUACUAGCAUUACAGAGCACGGUGACUGCCAACUGAUGAACUCUGAGAAAGCACACGCUUACCCACCACUGGUGAAACUUGUACCUACUGAGUGAAGAAAUGUGUGCCACAGUAAACGUCAAGUUUCAUUCGCAACUUCAUUCACUUGAUGUGGGUUGUCAGAAUUACUUGUAACACCCUCGUCAGUCUGAGAUGAACUCUGCCUGUCUUUGGACUUGGUUGUCUGCUGCUGUCUUUUGGCUCUGUUGACUUUUUUUUGUGGGGGCUCAGUUGAAUUCUGUCUUUUGGCUGAGUUGACUGCUACCUUUGGCUCUGUGGACUGCUGCCUUUUGGCUCUGGACUGCUGUCUUUUGGCUCUGGACUGCUGUCAUUUGGCUCUGUGGACUGCUGUCUUUUGGCUCUGUAGACUGUCUUUUGGCUCUGUAGACUGCUGUCAUUUGGCUCUGUGGACUGCUGUCAUUUGGCUCUGUUGACUUUUGUUUUUGGUUCAAUUCUAAAAGAUCUCUAUGCAUGGGAGCAAUGUGAAAUAUUAUUACGAUUUUUACAUUUAACAAUGCUGAUGUUCAAAUACAUGUUAUCAUAAGUUGAGCUGUUACACAAUUCUGCGUGGUUGUUUAAACAACUUUUUUAUAAUUUUAUUUUUAAAUGUAAUUUGUUUGUCGCAGGCAAGUUUUGUAGAGACAAAGGGAUGGAUGAAAAUUGUUCGCUCUAUGGUCCCAGUAUCAACAACUCUCGUC